AUGAACUCAGACAACGAUUAUAACUCACAGAUCUUGCUCGAAACUCCCCCUCCGUCACCCACACAGCGCAUUGGUCUUUCCACCCCAAGUACUGUGGCCUAUGCGCUUCCAACGAUCACUCCCACACGAAAGCAACGUCGGGAACAGACUAAACGACUCCCGAGGGCUGUUAAGCCCAUUCCGGCCCUGAAUCUCGAGGUCCUUGAUGAACCGGCAUGGACAAAAGAGUCGGCUGGAUUGCCUUUUGAAAUGGGGACGCCAGAAACGAUGAUAGAGAUGGUUGACUUUGCGGAUAUAGAGGCUGGUGUGACUGGAACUGCCCUCAAAGAAGGAGCUGCAGGAGCUGGGAUCGAUGCUGAAGACGGGUACGGGGCUUUCUGUGCGCACAUUCAAGAAGAAGGCGGCGCGUUCUACCAGAUUGGAUCUGAGCUAUUUGUCGUCAAUGGGUGGGAAAUUUCCACUAAAAGUUCGAAGACCUCGGUUUGGUAUCACCUUCAACGUUCACUUAUUGGUGGCACCCAGGUGAUCGUCUGCCGUUGCCCAUCCUCUAAACCCGACUACCGAUGUGUUCAUGAACGAUUCCUUUGUGAUUAUGGGGAGGAACUCUUUCCCGUUGAUGUGUUCUUCAAGGAACGAGAUGCGGAUAUGGCAGUGCUUUUCUCGCGAUACAAGACCGGUGAUGGUAUCUACCUUAACCACUUCUCUGCUCAGUCCUCCAACUCGCGUUCACUUUCUGGCCGAGUCAUCAUCCAAUAUCAAGGCAAUGAAGGCUCUACUGGCUCGUGGAAAGGCCCCAAGGACUCAUUUCUCUAUGGCUUUGCCUCUGAUGAGCUAGAGGGAACCGGAGCAGUCGAAACUUUUGUUGAUUAUCAAGUAACUCGCCAAUGUCGGUCCACACGGGAGAUCAAAGCUGUCUCGCACUUGCCUGUCCUCCCUCCAAUUUGGGCAUCGUUACCCACCAACCCUGUUCUUUACCAGCGACCGGCUCCUCUUGUUACUAAGCCGGAUACACUUGUUUUGUCAGAAUCAUCAACGUGUGCUUGCUCAGACUUGAGAUACUCAUUUAACCCGUCUCUCCCCAUAUCCGAACGCCCCUGCACAGUUUAUGGGCUCUAUCGCUCGUGGUCUACUGUCAUACAGGUCCAGUCCUGCGGAAAUCCCUCUUGUCACCACCGUCUUGUGGGUCCCGACUGCCGGGAGCUUGGCAUCUUCAACUACAAUAACACUCGAUUGUUUUUGCACAAGCUACUUGAUGAAUAUACGUCUGCCUACACUUCCUCCGAAACCCCAUUCUCGGCAUGGGUUCUUACUCUCGGACGACGAUAUGAGCUGCAUCGACAAGAAGGCGAUGAUUGUGGGGAGCCAUUUCCGAGUGCGGAGGUUUUCCGUGCCGUGUGGUUUCUCUAUGUGAAGCUGCAGUACUUGGAAGGAGAUAUGAUGUGUCCAAAGUGUGGCCCCUUGCCAGAGAACACCAUUUGGGAUGGUGUCACGCUUGCGUUCAAUCGCAAACACCUGCUUCCUAGUUUGGAGCCUCCGACAGUCACUCAAUUGACGUCAGAUGUACGAGAUCGCACAAAAUACAUGCCGAACCAGCAGCUCAUUCCUGAUCGAAAGGCACGGCACGCCAUCCGCAAAGUGAUCACAGGAAGACCGCUUACUUUGUCGGGUUUGAAGAACCUGGAUGCCAAGAUACGGGCAGCAAAAAGAAAGAAUGGGACCCCUGGGGACGAGGAUCCCGAGGAGGGUAGCGAGGAGGAGGAUGACGCCAAUGUUGAGGAUACAAGUGCUCCCAUGUCUCAUGCUCAACGCUCUGCACAGCGAGAGCAGGCAGACUAUCUCUCGCGGAUGUCUGCUAUAUCACAGGCAGUGGAUGGUUUGAAGAAACUGAGCAUCGUUCUUGCCAAGAUGUUCGAAUCUGAGUUCGGAGACACUGCUAUAGCAAGUGAUCAUAUUCCCUCUCAGGUUUAUGUCAGAUUCUUUGCUCAGCUUUCUGCUGAUGAGUCCGCACUGCAAAUGCUUACCUCCACCGGAAUGGAGAAUCUCAACCGGUUCAUUCGCGUGCCAUCCAAGAUUAACAUUUCUCUUCUGUAUGAAACGCCCACCAUUUACGAACUCAUCAAACACGAGAUGUCACUCGGACCACUCACCACGGACACAGUGAAGCUUUGCAAUUGGCUUUUGAUUCGUGGUCGAGAGGUUUUCCAAGAACUUCGAGUAGCAGUCACGCAGCCAGGGUCUACCAACUCUGGACUUCCAACACGUCUGCUUGGAGAAUACCAGGAACAUCCAUGGGCCGAGACAGGUUGCUGUUACGGCUUGCCUAAGAUUCGAGAGCGGCCAGUCUAUCCAAAGCUCAUAUACGACUCGGAGAACAAGGUUGGCGGUAAACGAGGAGCCAAGUGCUCCAAAUUCUACUCACAAUACGGGGAGCGUCGCCUUACUGGAGGUAUCAUGUGUGUGUGGUGCACUCAUAGCGUCUGCUAUGGGUUCCACUGCAUCCCUCGCGGUGAAGGGCGGAAUGAUGUCUUCUCCGCCUCAAGUCUCAUUGUAAUGUGGACCCACGUCUGGCCUACAUCAACUCUAGUGCAGGAGAGUGCGGCAAUAGCGGACUUUCAUGCAUUCGCAAAGCUGUGA